CCCCAUGACAUAAGCGGUAAGCCUGACGUUUGUGGAAAAAAUAAUUGUCAUAUUGUCAUUUGUUCUCACGAUUUUUCGCAGAUUUUUCUCAAAGUAUUAAAAUGAUUGGAAGAAGUGCAACUACGUUUUUAUUAAAAUCUCCAUACUUUCAUAAGCCUUCUAUAAUUUUGAGAAAUAUAUCUGUAACGCCAGUAAAAAAUGAUAUCAUAAAAAUUCAAAGCACGCAAGAUUUUAAGGAUAAAGUCAUCAAUAGCAAAGUUCCAGUCGUUGUUGAUUUCUUUGCUACGUGGUGCAAUCCCUGUAGACUACUAACACCAAGACUUGAGUCAAUUAUCUCAGAAAAUAAAGGCAAAGUGCUCUUAGCAAAGGUAGACAUUGAUGAACAAACAGAUUUAGCUCUUGACUAUGAAGUGAGCUCUGUACCAGUUCUUGUGGCAAUCAAGAAUGGAAAAGUGCAACACAAACUGGUUGGAUUGCAAGAUACUGACAAAUUAAGAAAAUGGAUUGAGCAGUUUUCUUCUGAGGAAUCUGAGGUCAAAGCUAAUGCCUAGCUUGUCUGAUGGACAAAUCUGAAAUACUUGUUAAUAUAAUCUAUUGUUCUUGUUACUUCUAAUAAUGUAGUUGAAAUAAAAUUUAGAAAAAUUAAAA